AUUUCUCUGUUGUUUAAUGUGAAGUUUACAUGAAUGUGUGUGUGUAUGUUUGUGUGUUCUAUGUAUGUGUGUGUGUGUGUGUGUGGGGGGGGGGGGGGUUACAGAUUUCCUAAGAACUGCAGGGUUUGUUUUCUGCUGUGUUUUCGCCUGGUACUUUGGAACUGCAGCUUCCGAUUUAGUCUGUGAAUGGUCUAACAACCGGUUAAUCUCUGCGUCAGUGGCUAGACUCUACGACGACACUAGACCUCAACAGAAACCAGCUGGAGUUCCUGUGCCAAGGAGACAGAAGUGCAACCGUUGGUCCGAGUGUCCACAUGGGAAGUUUGCCUUCCAGAUACUUAGUGGUGGAGGGAUCCAAAAACAGCCCAAAAUCUGUUUUGAGAAUGCAAUGAUUAUUGAUGGACAUAAUGCUGGUAGAGGGAUCAACAUUGCAGCAGUUGAUGCAUCAUCAGGAGAGAAGAUAGACAGUGCUUCUUUUAACAUGUGGCAAGGAGAUAACUCCGGGGCAUUGAUCAACUUCCUCCACAAGAUUUCUAAUGGCUCUUUUAUACUAAUGGCAACUUAUGAUGAGGGAAGCACCAAGCUGAAGCCAGAAGCAAAGAAGGAAAUAGAAAGCCUAGGAAGCACUAUCAUUGGAAAAAUUGGCUUUCGUUCCAGCUGGGUCUUCUUUGGGUCUAAAGGAUUCCCUAUUCCUGAAGACAUUAAAAAAGAAAAGAUACUCUACAGUAACAGGAAGACUAACAGAUACCCAGGCUGGCCUGCAGAAGUACAGAUUGAUGGAUGUGUUGGGCACAUUUAAAAAUAAUAUUCUUAAUUAAUGGUUUUUUUUACUGAAUGAGAAUUAUUUUGAAUUAGAAUGAGACACAUGCUCAUCAAACUACUUUUGGCAGUAUACAACUUUUAUAAAUACUUUGUAAUCUCAUAAGGGUCAUCAAAUAAGUCAAAUAAUAUACAGUAUCUUUAUCAAACAUGGAAAAAAUA